AUGACUUGUUAUAAGUCAAAUCAAAAUGAUAGUAGUAGUAGUAGUAAGCACGAACCGUACAACCCUUACUCGGUACUCGGUCUCACCACCGGUGCAACCGAAGACGAGAUCAAAAAGGCCUAUCGUACACUCAGUAGACAACACCAUCCCGACAAGGGCGGUGACGAAAAGAUCUUCAUUGCAAUCUCAAAGGCAUACGAAUCACUCACAGAUCCUGCAAUUCGUGAGAAGUUUGAAAAGUACGGAAAUCCCGACGGUCCACAACCCGUCUCUGUUGGUAUUGCACUACCAUCAUGGUUAGUUAAUCGUAACAAUUCAUCCAUUGUUGCUUUGGUUAUUUUAAUUCCAACAGGUGUUUACUUUUGGAAUAAGAAAUCUAAACAACCGGCCAACACUGUACAGAACAACAGUUUGGCGUUGUACUAUCAUGUCAUCGAUGAUAAGACGAGAAUGACACAGUUGGUUGAGAUUAUUGGUGCUUCACAAGAGUAUAAGGAUGCGCUGCCAGAGCGUACCUCUGAUGAGGAAUCACUCAAGGCACUGACAAAGGCCAUACCAGAUGCACACAAGAUCAAGAAAUUCAGAUUCAAUCAUCCAUAUAUCAUCAAGGCGACUACACUGUUGUACGCUCACAUCUCGAGAAUUCACCAACAGAUUCCAGCAAAGCUCGAAGAGGAUCUCCAAGAGGUGCUAAAGAAGGUUAGAAUGUUGAUCAACGGUGCAUUCCAAAUCUGUAAGGAGAAGAGACAAUUAAAUUCAAUCAUUGAACUCUUAAAGUUGAAUCAAUGCGUUACUCAAGCUGCAUGGGAAGAUCAAUCACUCAAACAAAUUCCAUAUUUAGAUUCCUUUAACAUUUCAUCACUAAACUAUAGAAAAGUAUUUGAUAUUGUUAAAUUUAAUAGAAUUGGUGAAGAAGCUAGAAAAGAAUAUUUACAAGCUCAAUCUAUUCCAAAUGAAAAGAUUAGAGAUAUUGAAAAUGUUUUACAAAAGAUUCCAACAGAGGUUGGUAUUAAUAUAAAGCUUGUCUCUGGUGAGGAGGAUGGUACUAUCUAUUCAACUGCUAUCUGUACCUUGGUAGCAGAGUUUGUUGACAAGACACCAAAGAAGAAUAAGAAAUCUGAAAACAAUGGUGCCGAACAACAACAACAACAACAACAACUAUCAGAGGAGAAUAAACAAAUCGAGAAAGAACUAACCGCAAAACCAAAGAAGCAAAAGGGAAUGGCUAGCAAGAAGGGUCAAAAGGCAAAGGAACGUGAGGAGCGUCGUCAACAACAACUCCAGAAAGAACGUGAAGCCAAGGAGAAGAAGGAAGAGAAAGAAAAGAAGCGUUUGGCCAAGCAAACCGAGCGUGAAUUAAAGAAAAAAGAAGCCGCCGACAAUGGAACCGAGCUCGAAGACGAAGAUGAGCUAGACGAUCUCUCUGAGAGUGAUGACGACGACGAAAUGCUCUCCUCUGGUUCCGACAGUGAGAGUGACUCUGACAGUGACUGGGAAGCUCCAGUCAAGAAGACCACCAAGCCAUCCGAGAACUUCUAUCACGCUCCAUUUGUCAAUGAGGAACGUCCUAUCUGUUGGUGGGUCGUAUUUGGUGACCGUCUCAAGAAUGAGUUGGUAGCAAUCGGAAAGUCUGAGAGCUGGGAAGCCGGUAACACAAUCAAAAUGCAAUUCUUGACACCUGAGAAACCCGGUACCUACAACUACUCUUUGCACUUGAUGUGUGAUGGAUACAUUGGAUUGGAUUCACAAUACUCAAUCAAUUUCAAAGUUGUUCAAAAUCCAAAUCCAAUUCAACUUCCACCAAGACCACAACAUCAACAACCUCAACAACCACCAACCAAAAAGGAAUUAAAAGAACAAAAAAAACAAAAGAAACUACAAUAA